GAGGCUCGCCUAAUAGAAAUAAACUACAUUAAUAGAAGUAUUCAUGAGGUCGUGUUUUCAAGUGUAUGCAAUAACAUUUGCACGUCAAAAAUUAAGAAAAGAAUAGUAAUGGAAAACAAAAUUAGGCUAAGGAGGAUGUUGAAUCUAAAAGGUCCUUAUCAAAGCUUCAGUGGUAGAUGGAAUGUUGACCUUCCAGAGCUCAAAGUCACUGGGGAAUCACGAAAAGCCGCAUUGAUAAUUACGUUCUUGAGGCGGGUAAUGUUUUUUUCUGUGCUCAACGCUGAUUUCAAAAGCUUCUCAUCGAAGUUGUCACCAUCAACAGAUAAGGGUAAUAGUUUUUGCUAUGUCGAUCUGUUGUGA